AUGUCUGAGCUGUGGAAGAUCAACCGUAUUCUAAAUGAGCUCAUGACGAAGCCGCUGGCCUCCAGAAACAGGCUCGACGCCUCCACCACGUUGCAGUAUGCGGCGGCCUUGAAACCAAACAUUUUGGCCUCCGAGGACCAGGACAAGGUCAACUCCAUUCUGGUGCUAGCCAAACUCUUGCAGUGUACUCCAGGAGCUGGACCGCUAGACUUGCUGCUGAUCUUCGACGAGGAGCUUUUCGGAGUGCUUUUGGAAACGGCUCGAAAGACAAACUCGCCCGACUUGUACCGAGCCAUUCUCUCCAUCUGUCUGACUUCCAUAACAGGCUCCAUCUACCCACCCCAGGCGAACGAAAGCUCCAUUGACGUCCACCUCCCGCUCUACAAGGCGCUUGUGCUGCACUUGGACGCCAUCGACAUGUUCACCGCCAAAUUGUACACGGCAGAUGUGAAAACGUUGCUUUACUCGGUCCACUUGGUCACGGGCUUGAUCAAGCGGGCUUUGAAGUUUAAGUAUGACAAGAUCAUCACUUUGGCGGGCCGUUUGAAGCAUGUCAAGUUCUUUGCCACCGUUUCCAACCUGGCGGACCCUCAGGACCAGAUUCUCCAGGAGGCCAUUGCCCAGUUGGAGUACUACUACUUCUACUUGAACGAGUACCUCUUGAACACGACGUUUGAUCUUUCCAUCGACUCCCACAAGGUCAUGAUGCGCAAUUUGUUCGAGUUCUUGGACGUUUCGCUCAACGAGUUCGGUACCCCUGCUCUGACGGCUGAAUACGUUAAAGCUGGUUUCACCGCUGACCCUGAACAGUACAUUGCCGACCACUUCUCCAUCUUGUUGGCCAUGGACCUCAAGAUCUUCUUGAAGGACCCCAACAUGACGUUCAAAAAGCGCUUCCACGAGGAAUUAAUCAUGAGCGACCACAACAGAACUUUCCCAUUGAACCUCUUUAUCAGCGAGUGCACCAAGCUCUGGGUGGCCGUUUUCCACGACAAGAAACGCUACGCCCGCCUUAAUGUCCACAUUCUCUCCUGGGAGCUCAUGAUCUACUACUCCAUGUUCAACUGCUUGCUUUUGUGGCAGGACACCAAAGCCCAGCUUGAGAACAACGAGGACAUGACGGGAAUCGUUAAGCUUCUCCUGGCAAACGUCAAGUACUUAGAAGAGAGUCUCGGCCAGGAUGUCUCGAUUGAGGACGCUUUGGAAGUGUUUUCUCGAAGAACGUCCGAGCAGAUUAGACACUACCAGAUUCUCGAGAUGAAGAAACUCCACAAUGCCAAGUGGGCUCCGUAUUUUCUGGAGUUUGACCGCACGUUGCAGAGUGAAGUCAUGGAGUUUGUGUGUGAACAAAGAGUCAUGCAGCUUUUGAAAGGAUCGUGGGUUCUUACCGAGUCCCACGCCGAAAAGCUUAAAAACAAGUCUGCUGUGGCCGACAACAGCUACUACUUCCUCAUGCUCAGUCCGAACAGAAAGGCCAUUUUGUACAAGCGGUUUGCCGAGAAGCCCACGUUGAAACCUUCUUUGGAAGAAAUGGAGGCUCUGUACGUGGAGCUCAAAGACAUUGCACACUACUCGUCGGUCAGAAUUGGCCAGUCGUUGGGUGAAGAAGAAAAGGCUAAACACGGCAGGUUGAUUUCCGUCAAGGGCUCCAUUUGCUACGAAAGACUUACACUUCUCAACAAAGCCGACAGACCUUUGCUUACCUUCUUUACGGAUUCCGAAAUGAAAAAGGCUGUGUGGCUUGAUGGACUCAAGAUGUUGAAGGGCUCCUUGGGCUUUAAUGAGCUUUCCGCCGAGACUUCGAGCCAAUUGGCCUCGCUCAAGGAUAUUAGAAAAAACACUCAGCUUUUAGUGCUUGAAGGUCAAUCCUUUGCCAACGUGGAGUUUGAUAAUGAAAGCGACGACGACCUCUACGACCUUGCAGAGUUGAAUAGAGCCACCGAGGGCUUCCACUAUGCCUAG